CAGCGCCUGCCCAGGAUGCAGGGAGCCAGGGACCCCUGGGGCCAGGGCCAGUCCCCUGCUGGGAUGGGUGCCCUGGGCCGGCCCUGGGUCAUCCGGCUCACCUACCUGCUGACCACCCUGGACCUCACCUGCCUCUUCAUGCAGUUCUCUGUCCUGCCGUACCUGUCCCGGAGGCUAGGCCUGGACUCCGUGGCCUUUGGCUAUCUGCAGACCACCUUCGGGGUGCUUCAGCUGCUGGGUGGGCCCAUGUUCGGCAGGUUUGCAGACCAGCGCGGGGCCCGGGCCGCGUUCACCGUCUCCUUCCUGGCGGCCUCGGCGCUCUACCUGCUCCUGGCGGCCGCCUGCAGCCCGGCCCUGCCCGGCGUGGCCCUGCUCUUCGCCUCGCGCCUGCCAGCCCCGCUCAUGCACACGCUGCCAGCCGCCCAGAUGGUCAUCACUGACCUGUCUGCGGCGGAGGAGCGGCCCGCGGCCCUGGGCCGGCUCGGCCUCUGCUUCGGCACCGGCACCAUCCUCGGCUCCCUGAUCGGCGGGACCCUGAGCACCACUUGCGGGAUCCAGUGUCCAGCCUUCCUGGCUCUCGUGGCCAACCUCCUGGGAGCCAUCCUCAGCUUCACCUGCAUCCCCACCAGCACCAAAGGGGCCAGCGCCCAUGCCCAGGCUGCCCAGCCAGGCGUUCCCAAGGCCAGCGUGUUUGACCUGAAGGCCAUCACCUGCCUGCUGUUGCAGCCAGGCGUCCUGCCUGUGUUCCUUGUCAAGGUCAUCUCCGGCUUCCCUUCAGGGCUCUUCAUGAUCAUGUUCUCUGUCAUCUGCAUGGACUUCUUCCAGCUGGAGGCUGCCCAGGCGGGCUACCUCAUGUCCUUCUUCGGGGUUCUCCUGAUGGUCAUCCAAGGCCUGGUCAUUGGGCGGCUGAGCAGCCACUUCUCAGAAGCCGCGCUGCUCCGGGCCAGUGUGCUCGUCUUCAGCGUGACAGGACUGGCCAUGGCGCUGAUGUCCAACGUCUUUCACUUCUGCCUCCUGAUGCCCGGCCUGGUCUUCAGCCUGUGCACCCUCAACGUGGUCACCGACAGCAUACUGACCAAAGCUGUCUCAGCCUCGGACACGGGGACUAUGCUGGGCCUCUGUGCCUCUGUGCAGCCGCUGACCCGCACCGUGGGGCCCACGCUGGGCGGCCUCCUGUACCGCAGCUUCGGGGUCCCCGUCUUCGGCCACGUGCAGUUUGCCGUCAACCUCAUUGUCCUCCUGGUCCUCUGGAGGCAGCCUAUGCCCCAGAAGAUGGACAAAGUCGGGUGA